AUGGUGUUGCUGCGGCUCGCGCGCAGUUUCCUGCUGCUCCUUUCUCCAGCGAGGCGCCAAGAUCCUCACCUUUCUUCUGAGCAUGAGCAAAUUGAGAAUCAAAUUAAUGACCAGCAUCAGCUUGAAGACUCCUCGCGCUUAUCUUCGUCAUCGUCAUCAUCGUCAGGACUGUCAAGCGGCCAUCCCAAGUCCGCCAAUUUUUUUGGCGCCGGCACCGGCGCGCCGGGCAACAAGAAGAACAAAAAUCACAGUGGCGGCAGCGGCACCUCCCGGGCGCCCUUGACAUCCCUGCCUCAGCCGUUACUGCAGAGCAUCCUCAUCUCCGCCGCGGGAAGCGCAGGCGGUGCCGUACGUUCCUGCCGGGCCCUACGCGACGCCUGGCGCUCGGCACUGUCGGAUCCCGUCCUGGCGGCGAAGUUCCUGGUUAAUCGGCACGGUCGAGGCGCGGCGGCGAUUUAUGCCUAUUCAGGAAGCUUCGGCGGUGGCGGCGGUGAUGACAGCGGCGGCGGCGGCGGCACCAUCUUCCGAGCGCUGCUGCGUGGCCUGCCCCUGGAGCGGCACGACGAGGCAGCACUCGCGUUCGUACGAGCUCUGGCAUCGGAAGGGGCCGUCGGCUUGGUGGCGACGGCGGCGGCGGCGCCGCUGCCGCUGCCGCCGUCGCCGACAGGAGGACAGCAGCUGCAUCCUCUGCUAGUGCCGCUACCGCCGCUGCAGCCGCCGCUGCAGCACCAGGAACCCCUUCCACAACUGGAAGCGCCGCCGCCACCGCUGCAACCGCAACAACUACCGCCGCCGCCGCUGCCGCCGGCACCGGUGCAGGAGCCGUACCAGCUCCGUGCGUUGCUUGGCGGCGGCGGCGGCGGCGGCGACGAUGGCCAGGAAGCCCUGGUAGCCCUUCUGCGCGGCGCCGCGCGCGCCAAUCACGCCGCCGUCGUACGGGAGCUCGUAAACGCCGGCGCGCCGACGCUAGCCGUCGUGGCGGCGAUGCAGGCCGCCUGCUGGUGUGGCAACGAGCCUCUGGUACGGCAACUGCUGCAGGCUGUCGGCCUGGUGCGAAACGGCAUCGACGGCGUCGUCGCUCCGGAGCAUCUGCACGACACGAACGCGGCGGAGCUGACGGCGGCGGCGGCGGCGGCGGCGACUUGGACGGCGGCCGAGCACUGGUCAGAAGCCGACGCCAGGCUGCUCCUGGCGCCGCCGCUCGCUGCCGCAAGUCAAGGUCGUACACCACGUCACGUAGCUGUGUUGGAGCUGCUGCUGGCUGCCGGCGCUGACCCACGGGUCAGCGGCAGUGAGGCGCUCGUCCGGGCGUGCGCCGCCGGCGGCACCGCCGCCAUCCGGCUGCUACUGCGUGCCGGCGCUGACCCACGGGCCAGUCGGUGCCGGCCGCUCGUCGCCGCCGCCGAAGUCCUACGCGUACGCGCGACGGCGCAGCUGAUCGCCACAGGCUCGUAUUCGUACAGCGACCUGUCGGCUGCAGCACGGGAGCUGUUAGUGCCGCCGCUGGUGUCAAGGUGCGCGUCGCUGGCGGCGCUGCUACUGCCGUGGCUAACCGUGGGCGCGCUACUGCUGACGGCCUCUGCGCCCGUGGUUUUCGCGUGCGUGUUGUUGUGCUUGUGGAACGGUUUGUGGGUGGUUUCGGCGCUGUCCGUUGUGGGGUACGGCUUGGGCCUUGCGCUGGCGGCGGCGGCGGUAGGGCUGGCGGCAGGUAUGGCGCUGGCGGCGUGGGCGACGUCUACGGCAUUACUGCUACAGUUUCUGGUCCGGGCGCUACUGCGGCGAAGCGCGAUGGACGGCGCUGCCGCCGCCGCCGCGGCGGCGGCGGCGGCAACGGCUGCUGCUGCGGCGGCAGCGGGACAAGCCGCGGCGGCGGCGGCGGCGGCGGCGCCGACGGCUGACCUCUAG